AUGGCCGUCUCACGAUCUGUAUUUGGAUGUGAUUUUACAAUCAGCUGAUGACAGCGUUGAUAUUAGUACAUAGGUAUGCAUUGAUAUUUUGAUGACACAAGUAGCUAUUUGUUUCGAGGAAACUUUGACGGGUUCUAAUGUUUCAAAAAUUGACAGUGCCAUCUUGAUUUGCAUUGGGGACUUGUGAAUGAUUAACCUGUAGGUGACAUUAUGAACUGAAACAAAAUGAGUGGAAGCAACCUCCCUAUUGUCAUAUCAACCAGCACCGCUGUAUGCCAAGACUGGGUCACCCUGUUGACAGCUAUCAACAAUAAUGACAUUGAUACAGUACAAAUGUGGCUGCGGACUAAAGACACAUCACCCAACUUUGUAUACGAUGGACAGAACCCAAUAUGCCAGGCUGCCACUGCUGGGUUUGAGGACAUUGUUGAUCUCUUGUUGCAGUACAAGUGUGACCCUCUUCAACCCGACCUGUCUGAUCAUAUGUGGUUUAGACAACCAAUCCACAUGGCAGCAUCCAAAGGACAUCUUGAGGUUGUGAGGCGACUAGUUCAUCGAGGUGUCGACAUCAACAGUCGUGACAGUGAUCAUCGUACACCACUCCACUGGGUUUCGACAUACGGUCAUGUUGACCUCGUGGAAUAUCUUCUUUCUGCAGGUGCAUGUGUCAACAUUGCACAGAUUGAUGGGUUCACGCCAAUGCAUGCAGCUACAUGCUUAGGACAUGAUGAAGUUUGUAAGUUAUUGAUUACCAAUGGUGCCGAUGUAAACCGGGCAGACAAAGACGGAUGGACAGCACUUCAUACAGCAGUGUGUUAUGGCUAUGAGAAUGUGGUGAAGACUUUGCUUGAUGCAGGUGCUUCCAUCCAUCAAACCACAAAUGAUGAUGAAAACUGCUUCCAUAUUGCCGUCAGUAGUGGCCAUAUUGAUAUUGUUAAAAUGAUCUACAAAAGAGGUGUUCGUUCUGGCGAGAAAAACAUCAAUGGGUUCACAGCUUUUCAUUUGUCAGUGUACUACAACAAGCAGACUAUUGCUCAGUUCCUGAUACAGAAGAAUGUGGAUAUGUGCACCGAGAACUAUGCAAAACAGACACCACUAUACCUGGCUGCAGUGAGGGGUGAGGAGGGGCUCCUGCAAAUGAUGCUGGACGGAGGCUACGAGGUGUCACGGGAAAACUGGCUCCACUACAACACAGUGCCUGCAGCAAUCAAGGACACUCAGAUAGCAGAGACUCUACUCUAUAUGGCCAGAAAUCCCAGGACUCUCAGGGAUGUGACGUGCUUGUUCUUGAGGAGGUAUCUUGGUGAUCACAUGGCUCAGCUUGUGCAUGAUUUGCCUCUUCCGUCCAGAAUGAAGGCACUGAUUUGUUUCAGGACAUUUGACUAUGGGGACGGUUAGUUGAAUGAGAAAAGAUGUGUACACUUUUCUCAAGUCAACUCUUUGUGAUAAGUUUGAUGUAAGAUGAAUGGUCAUCUGGUGUGAUUUGUGAGACAGAAAGUCAUCUGAACUUACCCUGAUACAUUUAUGAAUUGCACAAUAAAUAUAUCAUUUAUAAGGUUGAAUAUUGUUCUUAACAUUAUUGCUGCUGAUUUCCUUCAUAACACCAUAUAUUUGCCUGAAUAGACAAACUACAAGUAUCCACAAAGCGAUUCAGCAAAAACAAUGACUCUGUUUUGUAAUUAUUGAUAAAUAUUUUGGUGAUUUUUGUGGAAAACUAAUGAGGAGUGUCACGUAAAAAAUUGGAUGGGCAGCUAAAAAAAAUGUUUCUUAGGAAAGGUCAAAUCUGUUUUACCCAUAGAAACUUCUUUUCUGUUCUUGGUGUUUACAUGGCUUGUAAAUGGAACGGCAUUACAAACCAGAAAGUGAACGGAGUUGCUUACAGUGUACCCUUGGAGGGUCAUUAGAAAAAAAUGAAAAAGGAUACAUAUUUGUUUUGGGUGUAAAAUCAUUUAUUUCCAUUAAUAAAAUCAUCACAUAUUUGAAGCAUGCCUCUUUCUGAAUAAUAUAUUCUUGUAAAAAAAAUUAUGCGUCGUUGUUAUAUACAUGACAUAUAUGUUCGUAACAUCAUGACAUUUUCACAUAACUGGUUGUUUCAAAACUAAUGGUACAAAAGAACAUCUUCUUACAUGGUCCUCCAUUGAACAACAUGUUAACAAAAAUAUGGUUCAGAAAGUGUAUGUAAUUCAUGUGCAAUUAGCCAAUUAGUACAUAAAAGCCAGUUUGAUUAGGGUUUCAUAA